ACAUAUUUUGCAUAAAGAAAACAACGUGUUGCAUUAUAAAAUUAUUUCGUGAAAAUAAUGUCAGUAAAAACGACGGAUAUCCGAUCUGUCACCUCCUGUCGCAGCUGGUCGUGCCGUUCGAUGUGAGCUUCCGUCUGAAGGGGAAGGACGUGGUGGUGGACAUCCAGCGGCGUUCCCUGAAGGUGGGGCUGAAGGGUCAUCCGCCUGUGAUCGACGGACAGCUGUGCAACGAGGUGAAGGUGGAGGAGAGCUCCUGGCUCAUAGAGGACGGGAAAGUGGUCACCAUCCAUUUUGAGAAGAUAAACAAAAUGGAAUGGUGGAGCAGGUUAGUGACCACAGACCCCGAAAUCAACACCAAGAAGAUCUGCCCAGAGAACUCCAAGCUGUCAGAUCUGGACGGUGAGACGCGCGGUAUGGUGGAGAAGAUGAUGUAUGAUCAGAGGCAGAAGUCCAUGGGGCUGCCCACCUCUGAAGAGCAGAAGAAGCAGGACAUCCUGAAGAAGUUCAUGGCUCAGCAUCCAGAGAUGGAUUUCUCCAAAGCCAAGUUCAGCUGAGAGCCUCUGAAAGAUCAUCUCAUCUUACCCUCCCGUUCUGCUCAGUUAGACGUGUUUUCUUUCUGUUAAAUGACUGUUUGACUAACAAUUUCACUGUUGUGAUGAUGGAAGUGUUAUAAUGCGCCAUGUCUUGCUUUUGUUUUUUUAAUAAAUCGUUUCAAACCCUGCCUGUUUGUGUCACUAUUAUAUUCGCUGG